AUAAUAAAUGCUUAAAGGUGUCAAAGUAAGAAAAGUAUAUGAAGAUGAAAUUGAUGAACCUGCUAGAGAGAGUAGAUUAUUAUUACGAUCUAUAUUUAAUAGAAAAGGUGAAAAUACUGGAGAGUCAAUUUCAUAAACAAAAGAUUAGAGAGAAAGGACAACAAUUUGAUGAUAUAGAUGAAGAUGAAGAAAAAUCAGAUCGUUAAAAAACUAAAGAGGAAAGGAAUAAGGAAAAUUAAAAGAAGGGUGAAAUGCUGUUCUAACAAAGAUAAUUAUAAAAGGCAAUAUCUGAAUGUGAAUUCUGUUUGAGCAAUGAGAAAUUAAGUUAAUAUUAUAUCUUAAGUCAGAGUAGUAAUGUUAUGCUUGUCUUGCCAAAAUAAAGUAUAAAUUGUUAUAUAAAGGAUUUUACAAUUCUUACACACACUUAUUAAUAGUGCCGAUGGAACAUGCUUUAAGUAUUAGAGAUGUAGAAGAUGAUACGUAUGAAG